GCUAUGAACAGAAGCAGAAGUAUGGAAAGAGAAGAAGAACAAGAAGUAGGAGAAGAGCUUCAGAACUCCGGAAAAAGGUUUAAAUGUGCAGGUCCGGAAGAAAACGAGAGUGAUAUUCCUUUGAUGCCUGGAUCGUUUUUCUACCCCAUGGCUCCCACGGCGUUCGUGGUCUCCGAUGCUCUAGAACCUGAUUUUCCAAUCAUAUAUGUUAAUAGUGUCUUCGAAAUCUUCACUGGCUACCGUGCCGACGAAAUCAUCGGUCGGAACUGUCGGUUUUUACAGUACAGAGACCCACGUGCGCGAAGGCGGCAUCCUUUGGUGGAUCCUGUGGUCGUAUCUGAAAUGCGAAGAUGUCUUGAGGAAGGGGUUGAAUUCCAUGGUGAGCUCCUAAAUUUCAGGAAGGAUGGUACUCCUUUGGUGAACAUGGUACAACUCAGGCCCAUACAUGGGGAUGAUGGCAUUGUAACACACGUCAUGGGUAUUCAAACAUUCUCUGAAGCAAAGAUUGACCUGAACCAUGUAUCAUACCCAGUUUUCAAACAGACAUCCUAUCAGCAGUGUGGUCUGUCAGGUGGAAAUCCCUCCACAAACGGGCAAGCAGCAAAUUCCCUAACCUCUGAUGUAUGUGGGAUUCUUCAGCUAUCUGAUGAAGUCUUAGCACAUAACAUUUUAUCACGCUUGACACCAAGAGAUGUUGCAUCCAUUGGGUCUGUUUGCAGAAGGAUUCGUCAACUAACAAAGAAUGAGCAUGUGCGGAAAAUGGUCUGUCAAAAUGCAUGGGGAAGUGAAGUCAUGGGUACGCUGGAAUUAAUGACCAAGAGAUUGGGGUGGGGACGUCUCGCUAGGGAGCUGACCACCCUCGAGGCAGUUUGUUGGAAGAAGCUAACUGUUGGGGGUGCAGUUGAGCCUUCACGUUGCAAUUUUAGUGCAUGUGCAGCUGGUAAUCGGCUUGUACUCUUUGGAGGAGAAGGGGUGAACAUGCAGCCAAUGGAUGACACAUUUGUUCUCAAUCUUGAUGCAGCAAAUCCAGAAUGGCGACGGAUGACUGUGACAUCCUCUCCACCAGGCCGCUGGGGCCACACUCUUUCAUGUGUGAAUGGUUCCUGGUUGGUGGUUUUUGGGGGAUGUGGGAGGCAGGGGUUACUCAAUGAUAUGUUUGUGCUAGACUUGGAUGCACAACAGCCGACAUGGAAAGAAGUUUUAGGUGGAACUCCUCCCCUUCCCAGAUCCUGGCACAGCUCUUGCACUGUGGAAGGCUCUAAAUUGGUGGUCUCAGGUGGAUGCACAGAUGCUGGGGUACUUCUCAGUGAUAUACAUCUGUUGGAUCUAAUGACAGACAAGCCCGUAUGGAAAGAGAUUCCUACAUCUUGGGCUUUUCCAUCUAGAUUGGGACACUCGCUCUCAGUCUAUGGAAGGACCAAGAUUCUUAUGUUUGGUGGACUUGCCAAGAUCGGAAACCUACGUUUGAGAUCAGGUGAGGCUUACACAAUUGAUUUGGAGGAGGAUGAACCACAGUGGAGGCAACUAGUUUGUGGUGUUGUGGGCAGCCAGAAUGCAGUGGUUCCUCCACCCAGACUAGACCAUGUUGCUGUCAGCAUGCCUUGUGGAAGAAUUAUCAUAUUUGGUGGCUCAAUUGCUGGUCUCCACUCUCCUUCGCAGCUGUUCCUUCUGGAUCCUUCUGAGGAGAAGCCAUCAUGGAGGAUUCUUAAUGUUCCUGGGCAACCACCCAAAUUUGCAUGGGGUCACAGCACAUGUGUGGUUGGAGGGGCUAGAGUUCUGGUCUUGGGUGGGCAAACUGGCGAGGAGUGGAUACUGAAUGAACUGCAUGAGCUAUGCUUGGCAAGCAUAGCAGAUGCCGAUACAUGAUUCACUGAAGGCUACAUUGCAAGUUACAUAUACUUUCUGUCAAGUAUUGUCAUGACCAAGCAGUAGCUGAUUUUGGUGAAUCUAUAUAAGGGUCCACUUCCCUUAUCUCUUCACUUGCAAUUCUGCUUUCUAGAAUGUCUACGUGGUAGUCUCAGUAUUUUUCCUAGGUUUGAAUCUGUGUUGUAUGUGUGAUGACCCAGUUUUCUUUAGUGUUCUAUAUUUGACUACUCUACGGCAUGAAUAUGGGCCUUUCUAUGUGGAUAUAUUUCUCGUUGCUGCCUGAUGCUUAUCAGAUUAUCUUUAGUUGAUGUUUCUAAGUCAAUUUCUACCGAAGAUUACAGAACCACAAAACAAAAUUUUUACUUGGACAUAAGAAGCAAGCUCUUGGCUGUUGACUUUAUUUGUUUGAUCCAUCUUAUCUUCAUAGUCUAAAAGGAUAUACUAUUUUCUCAUGCUUCUUUUGCCUGCCCUGUAAGUAGGCUGACCUACACUAGUUUCUGGAGGAAGAAGAUUUGUUGUCACUCAAAUACGUUUCUAAUGUGUUCUUUAUCAUCUCUGAGAACUGACAUUGAACUUUGGUAUCUGCUGAAGUUAAAACAAAAAUGAAGAAAAGGUGUCUUGUAUUUCACCAGGUUUGCCUGCACCAUGGUUUUCU